AUGAAUAACGUUAACUACUUACGUCCAAUCAUCGACUUCAAAGAGGAGCCUACUCAACCGCUGCGCUUUCGCUUCAACCAGCACUCUUUUGAUGUCGAACACGUGCAGACGGGGAAGUUCUUUCGAUUCUCACAUCCUACCGUCAAUCGCGAAUAUCGACUGAAUCACGUGGAUACAACCACUGCUGUGGGCAUCGCGAAAAGUGGAACGGUAUCCUACUUGUUCAGAGGUCUGAUAAUGCAGGGACCGCCAAACAUUGCAACCAAUCGGCCACCUCUUUUUCGAAAUGUGAGAGGACGUCGUCGAGGAAUGAUUCAUUUGACAGAGCAAGAUGCAAGAAGGGCUGAUCAAACACGGAUAUACAAAGAUCAACUAGUUCAUUCCAUGGAUGUAUUCAUCCGGAAAUAUUGGCUCAUCAUCAACUUCUCAAUGAAAGCAAUAGCCGAUCAA